GCUGGGCGGGGCGUGGCGGGGCCGGUUGUGUUUCCGUUGCUCCGGGUAGACAGAGAGCAACUGCCGCUAUCCCUUCCCUGCAUCCCUUUCCCAGACUUGCACGUCGCUGCCACUUCACGGUCCGCUGCAGAUCUCCGGUGUUACAGGACGUUUGGGUCCCGUUGGCUGCUUCUGCAUCGCCUUCUCCACACCUGAGAAAUCGCCAUGGCACAGGUUGUUAAGGGCACUGUGACUGCCUUCCCUGGAUUUGAUAAGCGGGCUGAUGCAGAAACUCUUCGGAAGGCCAUGAAAGGCCUGGGCACCGACGAGGAGGCCAUCCUGACCCUGUUGACAUCCCGAAGUAACGCCCAGCGCCAGGAAAUCACUGCAGCCUUUAAAACGCUGUUUGGCAGGGAUCUUCUGGAUGACCUGAAAUCAGAACUGACUGGAAAAUUUGAAAAAUUAAUUGUGGCUCUGAUGAAACCCUCUAAUCUUUAUGAUGCCUAUGAAUUGAAGCAUGCUCUUAAGGGAGCUGGGACAAAUGAGAAAGUCCUGACCGAAAUUAUUGCUUCCAGGACACCCGAAGAACUGACAGCCAUAAAACAAGUUUAUGAAGAAGAAUAUGGCUCAAGCCUGGAAGAUGACGUGGUAGGGGAUACUUCGGGGUAUUACCAGAGGAUGUUGGUGGUUCUCCUUCAGGCUAAUAGAGACCGUGAUGGUAGAAUUGAUGAAGCUCAGGUUGAACAAGAUGCUCAGACUUUAUUUCAAGCUGGGGAACUUAAAUGGGGGACAGAUGAAGAAAAGUUUAUCACCAUCUUUGGAACACGAAGCACAUCUCAUUUGAGAAGGGUGUUUGACAAAUACAUGACUAUAUCUGGAUUUCAAAUUGAGGAGACCAUUGAUCGGGAGACUUCUGGUAAUUUGGAGCAACUACUUCUUGCUGUCGUGAAAUCUAUUCGAAGUAUACCUGCCUACCUUGCAGAAACCCUCUAUUAUGCUAUGAAGGGAGCUGGGACAGAUGAUCAUACCCUCAUCAGAGUCGUGGUUUCCAGGAGUGAGAUUGAUCUGUUUAACAUUAGGAAGGAGUUCAGGAAGAAUUUUGCCACCUCCCUUUAUUCUAUGAUUAAGAGUGAUACCUCUGGUGACUAUAAGAAAGCCCUCCUGCUGCUGUGUGGAGGAGAAGAUGACUGAAGUGCCAGCUGCUGAGAGAACCCUGCUCCGUGCCUGCCACCACCGCCACUGCCACCUGCUUCAGCACACCUCACUGCACUUUCUGUAUGUUAGUGCUUGACACGUUGCCUUAUUCAGACAAGCAUGCUAAUGACCAAAACAUACAUGCCUUUUGAUACUCAGUUGAGCUCUUUCUAACUCUUUGACUGUUAGAAAACUGAAGUGUACUUAUGUUAAUUACUAAGUCUAGAGUCUAGGUCAUUUAUAUGUUCCUUAAAGAGGACAGACUGCUUUUAACUUUUUUAUAAAACUUCAUUUAUAUUAAGUUGAUAACCAUGUUACCUUAAUUGUAAUCUUACCCUUGAAAUGAUGAAAUCCUGGAAGUGUUAUUAGUCAAAUGUGCUACUCAGUUAAACCUGCAAAAUCAUGGUUGUUGCAGUCAAAAGAUUUGUGGAAAAUAAACAUUUCCUUUCCCCUGA